AUGGGCGAACGAACGGUCAACGAGAUAUUUGAGAGCUACAGAGAUGCGGUUGAAAAAAUCAACACUAUCAAGUUAGCACUUCUAAGAGGCAGACCACUCAACGAACCAAGACCCCAGCUCAUUGCAGAUCCCCUCAACGACGUAGAUAUACUUGAGGUUAUCGAACCAUCCGACGAACCAAGACCCCAGCUCAUCACCUACCUCCCCAAUGACGUAAAUAGACUUUGGGAGAUGAUCGAUAACAUAGAAGAACAUUUGGGUCGCCACAAAUUCAAUAACACUUGCAAACCCCGGGACUUCGUCAAGGCUAUGAGAUGGUAUUACGAAGGUGGCAAAGAGACCUUUGAGCUCAAAGAGAAGGAUAUCCACAAUGACAUCGCUAUCUACGUCCCAGGCACUAUCGUGGAGAUAUCUCGGAUUAAAAAUGACUCGAGGAUGACUUUCGUGGUUCUCACAAAGAGAAAACGGAUGAUUGAGGGCAUAGACUUGUGGUGUGAGAGUAACAAUCAGCGACAACAGCUCAACCCAAAUCCUCAAGAAGGUAGCAAGUCUCAACUAGAGUUAUAUGAGGAAAGAAUGAGGGCUCGUGAUGCGAAGGAUCUCGACACUCUGUAUCUUACCUUAGUAUAUGGUUUGAAGGCUCUCAUUCACUCCAUAAUCUCAGUGAAAGAUCCAGACAAGUCUGCAUGGAACUUGAAAGCACUUAAUAUUAGAGGGCAGCUCGAGGAUCUUCACAUAAUCCUAUCUGAAAAGUUGACGGAUUCACUUAAAAUUUGCGAAAGAUGCGGAAUUGAGGAAGAAGGGUCAGAAGAAUCGAAGUAUUUCAAGCAAAUGAUAAGUAGAACAUUCAUUAAGGUGCUCAUACACAUGGAUUACUUUCUCAUAGAAAUCUCCGACCCUUCUAUGUAUAAGGACACCAUUACAAAUCAUAUUCGGGAAAGAAAGUCGUUGAACUAUGUUUCUGAGAUGAAGGACUUGUAUGCGGAAGAAUCGAAAAGUUAUUACACCGUGUGGGAACCACAAUUCUCUCGGCGCAUGGAUGCUAUAACAAACGGCAUCAGAGUCGUAACUGCUGUUCUCAACAACGGAAAAUCGUUGUUUGGUAUAUCCUAG